GUCGUUUUCUGAGAAGAGACCAUAUUUGUUCGCAGAGGAAGCGUUGCUUUCUGGGAUCUGGCUACGGCAGAAAAGACCUCGGCUUCUGCGGGGCUGUUCCAGAGGGUACCUGGGCCUCGGAGGACCGAGGACAGCUCCACGCUCCGGACUUGGGGUGCCCUGUCCAUGGGUGCGGCGCCCGCACUCGGCUGGUGAGCUUCCUCCCGGGACAGCAGCCAUGGCAUUGAGAAACGUGCCCUUCCGCUCGGAGGUCCUGGCCUGGGACGCCGACAGCCUCGCCGAGUACUUCAGGAAGCUGAACUACAAGGACUGUGAAAAGGCCGUGAAGAAGCAUCACAUCGAUGGACCUCGGUUUUUGAACCUGACAGAAAACGACAUUCAGAAGUUCCCUAAGCUCCGGGUGCCGAUUCUCAGUAAGUUAAGUCAAGAAAUCAACAGGAACGAAGAGAGGAGGAGCAUUUUCGCACCGCGCAAACCCCAAGUCCCACGGUUUCCUGAAGAAACAGAAAGCCACGAGGAAGACAACGGCGGCUGGUCGUCCUUUGAAGAAGAUGACUAUGAGAGUCCCAACGAGGAUCACGAUGGGGAGGAUGAUGGCGACUAUGAGUCCCCCAAUGAGGAGGACGAGGCGCCCGUGGAAGACGACGCCGACUAUGAGCCGCCACCCUCCAACGACGAGGAAGCUCUGCAGAACUCCAUCCUGCCUGCCAAGCCGUUCGCCAACGCCAACUCCAUGUACAUCGACCGUCCCCUCUCCGGGAAAUCCCCACAGCAGCCGCCCGUGCCCCCCCAAAGACCGAUGGCCGCCCUGCCUCCCCCGCCGGCCAGCCGGAGCCACACGCAGCCACUCCCCACACCCCAGCCCAACCAGGAAGAGCCUAGCAGAAGUAGAACCCACAAAACAGCAAAGCUCCCCCCGCCUUCGAUAGACAGAAGCACGAAGCCCCCCCUCGAUCGGUCAUUAGCGCCACUCGACAGAGAGCCCUUCACACUAGGGAAGAAACCGGUGUUUUCCGACAAGCCCCCGACCCCAGCAGGAAGGCCUCUCGGGGAGCACUUACCCAAGAUACAAAAGCCUCCUUUGCCACCAACCACGGAAAGGCAUGAAAGAAACAGCCCCCUGCCAGGGAAGAAGCCACCUGUGCCAAAGCAUUCAUGGGCACCAGACAGAAGAGAGAAUGAUGAAGAUGACAUGCAUCAGAGACCGUUGCCCCAGCCCACACCGCACCUCAUGAGCUCCAACACCUUCCCCUCGCGAUCCACCAAGCCGUCGCCCAAGCACUCUCUCCCGUCGCCUCACAAGUCCGGCACAUUCUCGGAGAGCGGCGGUUUCCCGCAGAGCGCCUCCCUGCCGCCGUACUUCUCUCAAGGUGCUGGCCACAGACCGCCCCCCAGAGCCGAAGGCAGGAACUUCUCCUUGCCAGUUCCAAACAAGCUCCGGCCGCCGUCCCCUGGGGAAGAGGAGAACUCAUUAAACCCAGAGUGGUAUGUUUCUUACAUCACCCGACCAGAGGCGGAAGCUGCUCUCCGAAGGAUAAACCAGGAUGGCACUUUUCUGGUUAGAGACAGCUCUAAAAAAACGACAGCCAACCCGUAUGUCCUCAUGGUGUUAUACAAAGAUAAAGUUUACAACAUCCAGAUCCGUUACCUGGAGGAAAGCCAAGUUUACAUGUUGGGAACUGGACUCCGAGGGAAGGAGGACUUUCUGUCUGUGUCGGAUAUCAUCGACUACUUCCGGAAAAUGCCGCUCCUGCUCAUCGACGGGAAAAACCGAGGCUCCAGAUACCAGUGCACGUUGACACACGCCGCAGGGUUCCCGUAGCGAGUGGCCAGGCAGGGAAGCCCCCCACCCUGCUGGGGCACAGGAAGCCAACCUUGGUGACUGGACACUUAGGACCGAAUCAAACCCCUCAACUCAAACACAAAGGUUUGGUCCUUUCGCUUAAAGAAGUGUUUGAAAUGAAGACUGUCAGGUGUCCCAUAAUUUAUUUAUUCUGCAGUGUAAAGGGACAAUGUUCACACUUGAACUCUAGUCCUACACUGUAGUAACUCAUAUAAAUAACGUGCAUUUCUGUACCCAUAUUAAAGUACAGUUGUUUAUACAGCUACAUAAUUCGGGGCAAGUUUCAAAACACUUAAACAAUAAUAGUUUUUGCUAGCACAUAAAACUGAUUUUUUGGAUAGCCGAACCUUGUCAUUCAGUGGCAAUCAUCAGUUUUAAAUGGAUAAUUUAAAAACUAUUAAAAUUAACUUUCUUAGCAGCAAUAAUUUAAAAGUCUUCAAAAGUCUUUUGUCCUUUCUUACUUGGUGUUUCUUUUUGUUGAGGGGAUUUUGUAUACUUUUUUUAUGCAAAGAUAAAUGCAUGUUGGAAUAACUUCCUGGGAUUAAAAUGAAUUUGCCUUUUACUUCACUUUUGAGUUCCUGAAACAACCUUACUGACUUUACUGUUUAGUCUGUACUAUUGUAUUUUUGUUUUAAAGCAAACUUAAGCUACAAAUACCAAAAUGAAACAUUUUAAAUUCAGAGGUGAGGUUUGGGUGUCAAAUACAUCUGGAUUUAAGUACAUUACAUCUCAACACCCACAUCCCACCUCCUCUACCCCCACCGAACUCCAAAAGCAUGUUAAGUGAUGUAGAUGUUACCAAGGUCUUCCUGGGAAGAUGAAAAAGCAAUGAAUGUACACAGAACACUGAUCAGCGUUUCUGGCUGGAUGACCUUUCUUCCACCUCUUUUUAUCUCCCGGUCAAUUGUCAUAAAGUGUUUUUCCUCAUCCUUUCCCAAAAAGCUUUACAGAUUCUGCAAAGCAAUUCAGCUCUUUCCUUCAUUUACUUAUCUCACUUUAGUAGGCAUUUUAUGAAACAAAAACCUGGAAUUUAGGAUUCUUCACGCUUUCCCUUUUGGACCCUUGGUUCUUAUUCCACAACUUUUAUUAACAAAAAUUGUUGGCUUCUUGCUUAAUCUACGAGUUUUCUGGGUGGCAAAUAUCUUGCGACUUCAUUUUCAUGAGCUAAUAGAACAUGGAAGGGAUCUAGGAAGUCACUGUGUUAAAACUGACAGUUUACUAUGAUGAGUGUGUGGAUACUUUUAACCAAUGAUAAAAAUGUUUCACAAAAUUUCAUCCUUACAAACCAAAGUUCUCAGUUUAGAGUCCAGAACUUGGGAGUUCUAAAGCUGAAAACCUGCAUUUAUUUACAUGUUUAUUCAACAGAAUAUUCAACAAGCAUUUAUUCAAUGCCUGAUCUGUGUUAAAUAUUGAGUUAGGUUCCGGGUAGUGAGGCUAACAACCACUAUGAGUUCUGUACUGGAGCUGACCUUGUGUCUUGCUUCAUAGUAUUCUAUCCUUUAUAUUAAAAAAUAUCUAACAUGAAGGACAUGGUAGAUUUCAAAUCAACUACUUGGUAGUAAAUCGUGUACAAGGCAAACCAAAGCCUAUUAUUUUAAGUCUCCUUUGGUGGAAAGGGACAGGAAUUCGAAGUUUGGGGACGAAGAUAUAAAACUCAAAGCUGUCCUGCUACGGCUGGAAUCGGCGGUGAGCACUGUUAGGACUCGCACAGGCAGUCGUCCCUAACAGCCACUCCGCAAGCUCCCCGCCCCAGAACGAAGACCAAGCUGGCCAGACAGGAGUGCAACUGGACUGCAGGAGCCGGAGCCGCGCCAGUCGCACAUCUGCAUUCCUGUGGAUCCGACCCCUGCCCACACCCCCAACCAAGACCCCCGCACCCCGACAGGCGAAAGCUUCCCGCCAGUGGAAGCAUGUAAGGACGAAACCCCAGCUCUUAGGGGCGGCCUUCAUUGACCCACACCCAUGGCUCGUUGAUGUGCAGCCCUUCCCUUUGGAUAGCCCCACCCCCCACCCCCCUUUCUUGAA